ACGUCACGUACUCCAUGGUAACGACGCUCGGCCCGAAGAUGGCGGCCGAGUGUGGUGGAGUAGCGGGCUCCCCUGGUUCAGGCCCCUGCCCUAGCCAGUGGCGCUGGAUCAGUUCUUUAUGGGUCCGAAGCGUUCUGCUUUUGUUGGGCGGCCUCUGGGCAAGCGCCACAUCUAUUCCUGUCUCCUUGGACAGUUCCCCUCCCUGCCGGCACCACGUACCCUCUGAGACUGAGGUCAUAAAUAAGGUUCAUCUUAAGGCAAAUCAUGUUGUAAAAAGAGAUCUUGAUGAACAUUUAAGAAUCAAGACUGUCUAUGAUAAAAGUAUUGACGAAUUGCUCCCUGAGAAAAGACACCUUGUAAAGAACAAACUUUUUCCACAAGCUAUUUCUUAUUUAGAGAAGACUUUUCAGGUUCGUAGACCUGCGGGAACUAUCUUACUUAGCAGACAACGUGCAACAAACCAACACCAGAAGGAAAAUGAUCCCCACAGAUACUGUACUGGGGAAUUUGCGGAGCAUACAAAAUGUGGCCCAGUUAUAGUGCCUGAGGAACACCUCCAGAGAUGCAGAGUCUGCCGUGGGGGUAAGUGGUCCUGUUUAUCAGUGGGUGUGCAAGACCAAGAGGGCAUCCGGGAUGCAGAUUUUGUUCUGUAUGUUGGUGCUCUGGCCACCGAGAGGUGCAACCGUGAAAACAUCAUCUCUUAUGCAGCCUAUUGUCAGCAGGAAGCAAAAAUGGACAGGCCAAUAGCAGGAUAUGCUAACCUGUGUCCAAAUAUGAUCUCUACCCAGCCUCAGGAGUUUACUGGGAUGCUGUCCACAGUAAAACAUGAGAUUAUUCAUGCCUUGGGUUUCUCUGCUGGCCUAUUUGCAUUUUACCAUGAUAAAGAUGGAAAUCCUCUAACUUCAAGAUUUGCAGAUGGUCUCCCACCUUUUAAUUAUAGUCUUGGAUUAUAUCAAUGGAGUGAUAAAGUAGUUCGAAAAGUGGAGAGAUUAUGGAAUGUUCGAGAUAAUAAGAUAGUUCCUCACACUGUGUAUCUUCUAGUAACACCUCGUGUUGUCGAUGAAGCACGAAAACAUUUUAACUGUCCGAUUCUGGAGGGAAUGGAACUCGAAAAUCAAGGUGGUAUGGGCACUGAGCUCAACCAUUGGGAAAAGCGGUUAUUAGAGAAUGAAGCAAUGACUGGUUCUCACACCCAGAACCGAGUCUUCUCUCGAAUCACUCUGGCAUUAAUGGAGGAUACCGGUUGGUAUAAGGCUAAUUACAGCAUGGCUGAGAAGUUAGACUGGGGCAGAGGAAUGGGCUGUGACUUUGUCAGAAAGAGCUGUAAAUUCUGGAUUGACCAGCAGAAACAAAAGAGGCAGAUGCUGAGCCCUUUCUGUGACACGCUCAGAAGUAAUCCAUUGCAGUUGACUUGCCGCCAGGACCAGAGAGCCGUUGCAGUGUGUAAUUUGCAGAAGUUUUCAAAACCUUUGCCCCAAGAGUACCAGUACUUCGAUAAACUAAGUGGAAUACCUACAGAAGAUUUGCCUUAUUAUGGUGGUUCUGUAGAAAUUGCUGACUAUUGCCCUUUCAGUCAGGAAUUCAGUUGGCAUUUAAGUGGUGAAUAUCAGCGCAGCUCAGAUUGUAGGAUAUUGGAAAAUCAACCAGACCUUUUUAAGAACUAUGGUGCUGAAAAGUAUGGACCUCAUUCAGUUUGUCUAAUUCAGAAAUCCGCAUUUGUCAUGGAAAAGUGUGAGAGGAAGCUGAGUUAUCCAGACUGGGGGAGUGGAUGUUAUCAGGUUUCUUGUUCUCCCCAAGGUCUGAUAGUUUGGGUUCAGAACACUUCAUAUUUGUGUAGUCGGGCUGGGCAGGUCCUCCCCGUCAGUAUUCAGAUGAAUGGCUGGAUUCACGAUGGUAACCUGCUCUGCCCAUCGUGUUGGGACUUCUGCGAGCGCUGUCCUCCAGAAACAGAUCCUCCAGCUGCUAACCUGACCCGAGCUCUACCACUGGAUCUCUGUUCCCGUUCCUCUAGCCUGGUGGUCACCCUCUGGCUUCUGCUGGGCAAUCUAUUUCCUAUGCUGGCUGGAUUUCUUCUAUGUGUCUGGCACUAGGAAUGGAAAAGUGAAUUCUCAAGACCUUCCUUUGUGUCAUGUUCUUCUGAACAAAGCACAAAAUCUGGGUGAGUGCCAGCCUAUGCAGAUGGCAGAAGU